AUGGUGGGGAAGAGGGAGCGGGACUGCAAGAACCCGAUGCGUCGGACCACGAGCAUGACGGAGUUCGCGCCGCCCGACACGCUCGCGGCGGUGAUGGAGGACGAGGAGGAGUCCCAGCUGCCCGACAACAGCAACGGCAGCCGUGGCGCGGCCGGUGGGCAGCAGGACUGGCUGUCCGCGUUCGCCGGCGGCGGCGGCGCCGGGGGUGCCGCGGCGCAGGAGGACUGGCUCGCGGCGUACCGCGCUCGCGCGGCGCCGGCGCGCGCGGGGCUCCGCCGCAACUCGGCCGACUACUCUGUCGUCGAGACCACCGCAUUCCUCCGCGCCUGCGGGCUCUGCCGGCGCCGCCUCGGGCCCGGCCGCGACACCUUCAUGUACAAGGGCGAGGCGGCGUUCUGCAGCCUGGAGUGCAGGGAGCAGCACAUCACGCAGGAGGAGUGGAAGGACAAGUGCGCCAUGACGUCGAUCAAGGACGCGGGCGCGGGCGCGGCGAAGAAGGCCAACGGCCGCCGCGCCGGCUCCGGCAAGGCCGGUGGCACGGUGGCCGCGGCGUGA